UGCAGGCGGCCUGAAAAGCCCCUCCGGACACUGGAGGUCUAGGGAUGAACCAAAAAUAAACAUGGCUAUGGUUUCUCAAAGGCUUUAAAAGAGCCAGGCAUUGCUCUAAGACUUUAUAUACGAACUCACUUACUCCUCACAGCAUAUUUACAAGGGGUUGUGCCCAUUUUGGUAGAUUAGGAAUCUAAGUCACUGCAAAUUUAAGCCACUUGGCUCAAGGGCCUGGGUAGAAUGUGGCACGUGCCUCCGCACAUACGGACAGACUGGUAUGUGUUGUAGAGACAGCACAGGUCCUGAUGGAGCUAAAAAGACAGGUCUGACCCAGCAUGUUGACCCUUGAAUCCUAAGGGCUAGCAGGAAGGGGCACCUGGCAGAGCAGAUGGCAUAUGCAAAGGCCAGGAGGCAGAAUAUACUGGGCUCAUUUGGUGACAGCUGCACGGAUUUGGGGGAGGCAGGGAAAGGCUGAGGGGCCAGUGCCUGCAUCAGGGCGCGGGAGAGUAGACCCCCCACCUGGCUGUGGUGUGUAACUGUCCACUUGAGAGGGAUGGACACAUCUUUCUUCCGGCGCCCCCUCCCGCUUGGAACAUCUGGGACAUGUGUUGUGCAUUCAUACAUCAGCGGGAAGAAGCGCCCUUACCUCUCUUACCCGCGCAGGAUAAAGUGAAGCGAGGGAGGGGCUGCAGGGGGGACCCUGUGGCCAGGAGAAGCCGGAGCUCCCAGAGGUGAGGACCAAGGCUGAGGGCCGGGGUGGGGCUAGGAGUUCUCCGGCUGGAAAGCCUCUACUUCCUCCUCCUCCCUUCUUGCCCUGGCCUAUGGCCUUACUGCUGGGCUGGGAAAGGGGAAAUUCUUGCGUUUAAAGUCCAGCAGGUGGAAGGUCCUGGGCUAGGACACUUGGGUCCCCGGCGGUGUCCAGAGACAUGGCCGGGGCUGGCGGAGGCCUCAGGGCCUGGGGGGGCCUGGUGCUGCUGGGCCUGUGCAGCUGGACAGGGGCCAGGGCGGACGUCCCCAGCCCAGUCAUAAACCUGACUGUGGAGGCCUGGACCAGCAGCUCCAUCACCCUGCGCUGGGAGGCCCCCAGUGGCCUGGACCAGCAGAACUACACCUACUGGGUCCAGUGGACCGGACGAAAUAACAAAACCGAGAGCCGGAACACGACAGACACCGUUUUCACAGCGGAGGGACUUGACCCUGGCUCUUCCUAUGAAUUUUCCGUGUGGGUGGAGAAGGACGGACUCACUAGCUUCAAGAAGACCCUCAAAACCACCACAGAUAUUCCACUGGAAAGCGGAGACCCAAUUGAGACCAUGUGCACAGCCAACACCAGUUUCACAGUGGAAGGACUUGAACCCGGGACCUUGUACAAAUUCUCUGUGUGGGCAGAAAAGAAUGGAGUCAACAGCUCCCGGGUGACUCUCAAUGCCACCACAGGUGAGAGGCAACUCUUAGGAGACCCAAUUGAGACCAUGUGCACAGCCAACACCAGUUUCACAGUGGAAGGACUUGAACCCGGGACCUUGUACAAAUUCUCUGUGUGGGCAGGAAAGAAUGGAGUCAACAGCUCCCGGGUGACUCUCAAUGCCGCCACAGAUCCAAGCCCCGCCUCCAUCAUGUCCUGCAUCAGCGCUUCGGGGGGCUACGGGGUCAUCCUGACCUGGUCCUGCCCCCCGGGAGGCUAUGAGGCCUUUAAGGUGAAGGUGGGCAAGCAGCAGUUUUCCCAGAACGGAUCCUCCUGUGGGAAGGGCGUGUCCUUGUCGGGACUGAGGCCAGCUCAGGCCUACGCAGCCACCGUCACAACCAUCUGGGAUGGAAGGGAGGCACGGUCUGCCUCCGUGACCUGCCGCACUGAGAGCACAGUGGUCAUCGUAGGAGCCAUCGUCGGUGUCCUCCUGUUUCUCAUCCUGGUGGGCUUGCUGGUUUUCUUCCUGAAGAAGAGGUGUAAGAAGAGUGAGAAGAAACAGGCACACAGGGAUCUGAUCUGCAGGGACAUCCGGGCUGAAGAUUUUGCUGAGCAUGUCAGGAAUAAUGAGAUGGACAGCGGUUACGGCUUUGCAGUGGAGUACCAGCAACUGGACCUGGAGGACCACAGCCAGUCCCAGAUAAUGGCCUCAGCUCCAGAAAACAGCAUCAAGAACCGUUACAGAAACGUGCUGCCCUAUGACUGGUCCCGCGUGCCCCUGACACCCCUCCCUGGGGAGCCAGGCUCCGAGUACAUCAACGCCAGCUUCAUUCCUGGUCUCUGGAACCCCCAGGAGUUCAUAGCAGCCCAGGGCCCCCUGUCCCAGACUGUGGGUGACUUCUGGCGCCUGGUGUGGGAGCAGCAGAGCCACACCCUGGUCAUGCUGACCAACUGCGUGGAGUCUGGCCGGGUGAAGUGUGAGCAUUACUGGCCUCUAGAUUCCCAACCCUGCACCCACGGGCAGCUACAGGUGACCCUGGUGGGUGAGGAGGUGAUGGAGAACUGGACAGUACGAGACCUGAAGCUCUGGCAUAUGGCAGAGCGGAGGGCUUUAUCCGUCCGUCAGUUCCACUACGUGACCUGGCCAGACCACGGCGUCCCCCACUCCCCAGACCCCGUGCUGGCCUUCUGGAAGAUGCUCCGGCAGUGGCUGGACCAGAGCACGGAGGGAGGGCCUCCCAUUGUGCACUGCAGCGCUGGUGUGGGCCGCACUGGCACCCUCAUUGCCCUGGAUGUCCUGCUGCGGCAGCUGGAGUGUGAGGGUGUUGUGGGGGCCUUCAGCUACAUGAGGAAGAUGAGAGAAAGCCGGCCACUGAUGGUGCAGACUGAGGCCCAGUACGUGUUCCUGCACCAGUGCAUCCUUCGCUUUCUGCAACAGUCAUCCUCAGCACCGGCUGAGAAGGAGGCCACGUAUGAGAACCUGAUUUACGAGAACAUAGCUGCUACAGAGGCCUAAGUUGCGGGAGGGCUGAGACUCCAGCCCACCUAGACUCAAACUCUGCAUCCUUACUUCAGCCCAGAUACCUGGACCCCUGGGACAGCAGAGGGCUGGGUCCAGGAAUCCUGGGCCCUGCAAGAAGAAGGGGAGAAAGGUCAGGUGGGAGCCUGGAUCCUAGAUUUCCAAUUCCUUGAAGAAGGGGAGGGAUAGGAGGCUAGGAGUUCCUUGUUUUUUUUGAGGGAGGAGGAGGCUGCAGGGUCUCAAAGAAACAAGUGAGAUUCUGAGGAAGGAAGGAACGAGGAUCCACAGUUCUGGCUACCCAAGAAGCAAGAGCAGGCAGGGUCCUGCCCAUCUUUUACUCCAGAAACCAGAUCUUGCUUCAAGGAUCUGAGGUUUCCUUGCACCCCACUCACUGUCUGUACAGAUUUUUUUCUUUAAUCCCAUAAUUUAUUAAAUCACUAUUCUCCCCAGAGA